AUGGCGUCCAUAUAUAGGCACUCUAGCAAACUACUGGGCCAUCUCCGCCAUCCAAAUAUAGGCACAUCAAUCAGCUCAUGCCAUAAACCAAACAUAAAAGCACCAUCACCACCAUCAUCACACUUCACCACAUCCACGCUACAAAAUUAUCCUCGUAAACCACCAGCAUGGGCUCCACCGGCCUAUAAACCCGCCACUCCAUCCCAGCUAGCAUCCCCACCCGUCCCAAAACGAGUCAAAUCAAAACCAAUCCCUCGAGUCCCAAACCUCCCCAUUUGGAUCCGUCUAGCACGACCGAAACCCCAGAAACGACACUUGGACGACACACAAACCGCCGUACCCCUCCCAACCACAUAUCCAGCUGCCCCGAAACCGGAUGUAUCAGCUAGCUCAGGCAGGUUUGCAGCAACAUACUAUGAAAUAACACUCCUACGUGGAUUUAAAGGUGUGUCAAAGCAAAAGAGGAUUGUCGCCUCGGCUUUGGGGUUGCAUGGACGGCAUGAAGUCGUGUAUAGAAGGUGUGGGCCUCGAUGUGCGGGCCAGAUACUGGCUAUUCGAGAAUUGGUUAAAGUGAGGCUCGUUAAUGAGAUUCCGAGACAGUUGAAUAUGCCUAAAGGGUUUGUGAAGGUCGGGUCGAAUCUAGCGCGUAAUGUCUUGCCCAUGUAG